AUGAAGCAUCUCGCUGCCUAUCUCCUCCUCGGCCUUGGUGGAAACACCUCGCCCUCGGCCAGCGAUAUCAAGGAUGUCCUUUCCUCCGUCGGCAUCGACGCUGAUGAUGCGCGUUUGGAGAAGCUUUUGGCUGAGCUUGACGGCAAGGACUUGCAGGAGUUGAUUGCUGAGGGAACCACCAAACUCGCAUCCGUGCCAUCCGGUGGUGCCGGUGGUGCUGCCCCUGCCGCUGCUGGUGGCGCUGGCGGUGAGGCUGCUCCAGCUGCCAAGGAGGAGGAGAAGAAGGAGGAAGAGGAAGAGUCUGAUGAGGACAUGGGCUUCGGUCUUUUCGACUAA